AUCUGAAAAAAUGGCUACWUAUCACCAACCAAGUUGUGAAAGUGAUAGUCAAUUACUGAAUACCAAUAUGGAAACUAUUUCACAAGAAUUGAGUUCACUGCUUAUUGGUGGCGAAUUAGAUUCUGUUGGUGCUAUUGGAUUAACUGCAACAACAAAAUGCCCUGAGGUAAUCGGAUUGCCAAUGCCUUACGUAGAGUCCUGUGUUGCUCAGUUAAGUAAUAAAUGUUUGAAAGAUGAUAAAAGUUGUGGAAAUGUGACCGGAGCAGUUGGAAAAGCUCCAGAUAAUUCCCACACGAACACCAGAGAGGCACACAUGUUGCAAUUAUAUCGUCAACAUUAUUAUCAUCACCAACUUCAAAAUCAGCAAAUGCARCAAAAUAGAAGAAACAAGCAACAACAUUUCCAUGUUGCAUCAAAUUUAUAUGGUUCGGCAGCCACAUCUCACUCAGUUGCAAUAGCACAGUUUCAUUCUGCAAUAGCCCCUGGAACUCCUGGGUUGAAUGAGGGCGUGAAUUGYAAUUACAGUUUAGUACCAACUCUAUCUAAAGAAAUUCCGCAAAUCCGCUCUUCAAAUGAAACCAAUUUAACUUGUGGAGUAUCGCCUAAAGCUUCUACUGCGCCUAAAUUUGAAUUUCACUUCUUACGUCACCAAAACUCCAAUCUGGAUAGCAGUGCAGUGCCACUUAUUUCAAGCGCUGCUUUCAAUGCAAGCGAAACUGAUUUCUAUCGUUCUGGAAGCCGCAACAAUAAUGGAACUGUCAACAAARUGGCAGUUAGUCAACGUCGGUUUUCAAAAUACAACGACACAUUGAAAGAACAAGAAAUUGAUUACGAYAAAAUUGUAGUCGAUUUAUCCACUCUUGGCCUACCAUUGGAUAACAAGGAGCCUAACCCAGUUUUGCGUCUAUUUGGUUUGCUUCGAAAAAUGCAUUAUUAUUUGAACGACGUUUUACCAUUAAAUGCGUUUGAUGCCGACAUACAAUUGCAAGCAGGUAAAAUGCAGAUAGAUGCACAGUUGAAGUGUUCCAUGCCUUGUACCAUGAAUGUGCAAUAUCAAGUGAAGCAGGCAGCAAAAAAGUGUACAAUAUUCUUAUGUGAAAUGCAACGCAUUUUGAACGCAAACAAAGUGUACAGCAUGGAGUUGUAUAUGGAGUGUGAACAGACCUUAAAUAAGUUGCGCUAUUUUUUAACACAAUUUGAGACAUUUAAACGAAUUGAAAUGGAGCAUAAACGUGGACAAUUUGUCACCGAACAAGCACGCACUCAAACACAGUUGCUGGAAAAUCUCAUACUACAGCUCAAUGAUCAAAUACGCGAGGCACACAUCUAUGUACAUGCCUUCAAUUGGGCAGUAGAGCGCACAAAGCGUUCGACAAUAUAUAAUACAGGACUGAAACAUGAAAUAGUCUCACCUAAUAACAACGAUGGCUUGGUUUGUGGAGAAGCAGCAGUAGACACAGCAUUUACUGCCCGUGAUGUUGCGGGAACUACACAURCAAUGAGCGCAAUCAAUGGUGAUAUUGAUCAGCAAACUACUACCGUAAACGAAACCUAUUUCAACGCUGAUGCGGGUGCCGUUACUAAUAUUUUGAAYGAAACUCUUGCUGAUCGGCGAACCACGCGUCACAGUGGCGCCGUUUAAAAGAAAAGUGCAAUUUAAUGUAUACAUUUGUGUGCAAAAGUUUUAUAUGUCAACAUAAUCUUUUUAAUUAAUUAUUUUAAA